AUGCGAAGACAAAAUCGUUCCGACAGUGUUAAAGUGUUAGAAUCUCGAAAGGAUAUUGUUGGACAAUCUGAGAAAAAGAAGAGCAAGAGGGUUAUAAUGGAUGCUGAUCAAUGUAAGAGAAAACGUGUCGUGGAGGACGAAGUGAAUUUGGGUGUCAAACCAAAAAAAACAAGGUUCAGAAGGCAGAAAAAGUUAAAAUUCUUGACAAAGUUUCCUCGGAAGCUCUAUAUUCUAGUUGGUGAGCCAUUUUCUGUUACUCAUUGGUCAUCAUACACUAAUGUGGACAUUGUAUCGGUUUUACAGUCAAAGUUGACUGAUGUCCAGCUUCGGAUGUUUAGGGAAAGCUGUUUUGGCUAUUUCCUUGAUUUACCUCGAGUUGCUAUCCAGGCACAACUUAUUCGUUCUUUAAUGUUUAGGGAGUUGGUUCAAGAUAAGUGUGAUCAAUUUUAUGUGAAAUUGAAUGACGAAUGUGUUUUACGUUUUGGUCUUCGAGAAUUUGGUAUUGUAAGUGGUUUAAACUGUUGUGGUAAUGAACAUGUAGAGGGUAAAUUCAGUGGACCCAAUAGGUUGGUGGAUACUUAUUUUUCUGGUUUUGAAGUGGUGUCAAAGAAGUCACUUAUUGAUUAUCUUGAGAAGAAGAAAUGGCAGUCUGAUGAAGACGCAGCUCAGAAGACAUUUAUAAGUAAACGUGAUAUCCAUCUUGUCGAGAGUGGUGAGUAUGUGUCGUUUCCAUGGGGUAAGAUUGCGUUUCGAGCUUUAAUGAAGUCGAUGAGGGACAGGUUGAGGGGAAAGUCUGAGUUUUAUAGGAUUGGUGGAUUUCCUCUUGCACUACAGGUGUGGUUCUAUGAAUGUUGUACUGUAGUUGAUCAAAAGUUUGUUGUUCGCGUUGGAAAUCAUACACCACGCAUAUUGAAUUGGGAAAUGACAGACAGGCCAACGCAUGAGGACUUCUCUAUUGGUUUCUUCAAAAGCACAGGGAAUAAGUUUAAAAAUAUUUCUCCGAUAAUUGAAGAGCUAAGGAGAUUUACUUUGCCUGUUGAAGUUACCGAUGAGUAUCAGAAAUAUUUCAUAUCACGUAACAGGAGAAAACUUCCUAUUGAUGAUAGCGAUGAUUUUGUCACGCCACCCCGGAAACAAAUUAAGGAGCCUGUCCCACCAAAAAAGGCGCCAAAAAACGCGCCAGGUGUCCAACCUGUUGAUUAUGACCGUGAGUUGCAGAAGUUGAAAGCUGAUGUGAAGCAACUCCAUAAGCAGUUAAAUUCCUUCAUGGAUUAUGUUUCUGAUAAAUUCAAGGAGCUCUUUGAGUUGAUAAAUUCCAAGCUUGGUGCAAGCGAAGUCAAAUAUGGUGCACAUCCAGAGGAAGACACCAGUGGUCGUCAAGACAAUAAUGAUUUUGUGAGCAAUAUGGAGUUUGGUGGCAAUGAAGAUGUUGAAAUGGAUGGUUGUCAGGUUGGUGGAAGUGAAGGCAAAGAUGUUCCACAUUCUCAAAGAGAUACUAGUGUAGCAGAUCAGUUAGGUGUCAAUGCUAUGGAAGGACCUUCUGGUGUGAAAGUUGACAUGUUUGUUGCUAAAGUAACUUUCACACCAGAUGUAGCACAUGCUGGCGGUAUUGGUGAGAUUGCAGAUGCGGCGGCAGGGGAGACGGAGGAAGAAUCUGAGAAACAAAAGGUUCCUGAAUCCCGGACUGGUGCUGUUUGUGCGACUGCAAGUGUUGAUGCGGCGGCAGGGGAGACGGAGGAAGAAUCUGAGAAACAAAAGGUUCCUGAAUCUCGGACUGGUGCUGUUUGUGCGACUGCAAGUGUUGAUGCGGCGGCAGGGGAGACGGAGGAAGAAUCUGAGAAACAAAAGGUUCCUGAAUCUCGGACUGGUGCUGUUUGUGCGACUGCAAGUGUUGAUGAGGCGGCAGGGGAGAUGGUUCUGUACAAUGCUGAAUUACUUCCUGAAGUUCCAGUACUGGUGUUGUUGCAGCGAAAGGAAAAAAGCAAAUUUAUGCUAUUAAGCAUCCUUUUCAAAGCAAAAUCGGAACUGGCGUUAACAGCUCUUUGUUGA